AUGAGUUUGGAACCAGGAGAAGCCUCGACCGCCAGUGGUUCCAAUGCCACCGACCGCGUUGUCAAGAAGAGAGCUUCGCAAGCCUGUCAUCACUGCAGGACUCGCAAGGUGAAGUGCGACCUGGUCAAAUCGGGUGUUCCUUGCCACAACUGCUCCUCGGACGGCAUCGAGUGUGUCAUCCUCGAAUCGAGACGGAGCAGGAAGUAUCGUCUGCAGAAGCGCCAGUCGAAUCGCCCCGUUGCCCUUCCGGCGAUUUCCCAGGCGCAGCCAAAGACCGCUUUAGAGCAAUUCCCCAAUGGUUCCAACGAUGCAGCUCCAGCAGCACUUGAACUCGCUGCCUCAGGCCAACCGAAUCAAGUGCCUCCCCUCGUACCUAGCAACUUUCCGACCCCUCCUGUCGUCCCUCGAACCAACAGUUUGGGCCCGCCGAACUCGGCAGGUGCUGCUUCUAAUGUAUCCGUCGCCGGAGGUGUCGAUGAUCUGCCGCACUACAUUCGCCCUUCUCGUCCCGAAAUUCGGCAGGACGACUUGGAGUUCCUGCGUCGCCGGGGUGCGUUGAGCUUGCCCUUGGGUGAGCUUCAUGAUCAGCUAAUUCGAUCCUAUGUGCUCUAUGUCCACCCGUUCAUGCCGAUCGUGGACUUGGAAGACUUUCUGGGGGCUUUGGGCGGCAAAUAUGGCUCUCCGAAGAUCAGCCUCGUCGUCUUUCAAGCCAUACUGUUCUCCGGCACUGCCUUUGUCGAGUUGCCGCUCCUCCAAGAAGCAGGUUAUGAAAGUCGGAGAGCUGCAAGAGCCGAUUUCUACCAAAAGGUCAAGCUACUCUACGAUUUUGACUGGGACGUAGAUCGAAUUGCAUUAAUCCAGUCAUUGCUCCUUUUAAAUUACUGGUAUGUUUCCGAGAACGACCAAAAAGACCCCUGGCAUUGGCUUGGAGUCUGCAUUUCUCUUGCCACCAGCAUCGGGCUGAAUCAGCCCUUUACACAUGCGCAGAAGGAUCCGAAGACCAGCGCUUUGUGGAGACGAAUAUGGUGGAGUUGCGUGCACCGCGACAGAGUCAUCUCGAUCAGCAUGCGAAGACCAAUGCGAAUCAAGGACGAAGACAUUAGACUUCCACCGCUGAAAAUGGACGAUUUCGAAAUCGAGCCUACGUCCUCGGCCAUCUCAUCACUCAAGGGCAAUGCUUUUCUCACGGAUAGACAUGUGAGAUCCAUGUUGGCUGAGAUGUAUAUCGCAAAGCUCAAACUGCUGCUCUUCAUUGGACAGAUCCUCCAACACUUCUACCACCUGCGCGGCUUUGGCGGCUCCACAUCCGAAUCCACCAUGCUUUAUACUCCCAAAAGAUCCGAAGUCAACGGGAAGCAGUAUCUCGACCUGCAACAUGACCUUGACCAGUGGUACAGGGAUCUUCCACCCAGUUGUUGGCUGGUCAUGACCAACAGCAGUGGUGAUCCCGAUCCUUCCACUUCCGAUUCUCUUUUGAUGCACCGUUCAACAUUGAGAAUGCUCUAUCUGAUGGCGUCUGAAGCUCUCAAUCGCCCUCAGUCAUUGUCCAAGCGACCAAGUGGCACGGAGAAUAGCCCAACAUCCAAGGUCAAGGAAGCAGCCGAGAAGAUCGCGGAAAUGGUCGAAACUCUUCAAGAGCGAGACCUAAUCAGAUUUCUCCCGCCACUGUCGGUGAGUUUUAUGCUGCUCGCCCUUGCUUCCUUCCUGGUGGAUAUCAAAGCGAAGGGUCAAAGUGUCGGAGCACUCCCAGGACACCAGUUUCAUAUUUGUAUCCGAGCACUGCUGCGCCUGCGAGAAAUCUGGCCGAUUGCCGAUGCUGCUUGCUUUUUGAUCGGACAGAUGAUUACCAAGCAUCAAGUCGGUAAGGUUUCGACGCCUGGCGUACAACCGGCACCCAUCGAGCCAAGUGAAACUCCGUCAAGUCUUUGGCGCCCUCCUAACAUACCCCGCGGACAUCCAGCUGCGAUCCCUCAGUUUGAGGAGAUACCUGGAGCGGAGGUACCUUACAGUUCUACCAGUAUAAGUGAGCCACAAACUUUCGAAACAACUCAACCCGGAGUGGUCCCCACCACGACACAGGGGUUCGUUAUACCAUAUAAUUGGUCAGAAGAGGACUUUGAAGGCGACUACGGGAUCAUGGUUGAGGCACACGCGUUGAACAUGGAUCUUGCCAUGCCCGAUGCUGAGGUUUUGGACUUCUUUGGCAACGGUACGUGGGACUUUGAGCCGUCACCGAACCAUGAUCAAGCUGGACAAGACGGCAUGUCAUAUGCUUCGCGGCAUCCAUCACUCGCCGGCGAAGCUUGGAUCCCACCUGUUGCCAAUCAGUAUAUGGAUGCUUUCCGUACGCCAAGGUCGAUUUAG